AUGAGAGAAUUCUCCAAGUCCCUCACAGAUCGGGUGUUCUCAUGGUACGCCAACCUCGCUGCUGGCUCUAUUUCUUCGUGGGAGGACUUAGUAAAAAAAUUCUAUAUCAAGUUCUUUUACGUUGAAGAAAGGCUAACCAUUCUUCAUCUUAUGAGGGAAACACAGCGACUUGGAGAGGACAUCCUUGUUUAUGUUCGCCACUUCAGGGAAAAAGCAGUAGACAUUCAAGACCCGAUGGAAGAGCAUCAACUGUUGGUCAAUCACCACUUCCCUGACUUUUCUACCUUAUGCGCUACGACUCGAAACAUAAGUGAAAUAGUAAGAUCAGGGGCACGAAGGAAAGCUCCACAACUACAUUCAUGGCGAGCAGCGACACCUCCACCUUCCUUAUGGAGGCCUAACAGAUGCAACCACGCUGUAUAUGCAGCAGGAGGUUCCAAUAGAGGAAGAACAAGUCUCCAAGCAAAGAAGAGAAAAUUUGAUCAAAUUCCCCCACCGUCGCCUAUCUCAGUGGACGAGGCACAAGCACUCCUCAACGCCUGGGUAGAAGAUGGAAAAGUUCAUCUCUCUGAACCAAGGCGACCUGUCACCAAAAAAGAUCAAGCUCGGGCAGACUACUACAUAUACCACCGCUUCGUUAAACAUCCUACCGCUGAAUGUUGGGCGCUCAGAUCCCUAGUUCGAAAGAUGAUGGCUGACGACGCUUUGGAACUACCUUGUUGCCAGACAAAGGACGUCCUCAAAGAUCUUCUCCCCCGUCACAAAGAUAACGGCAAGACGGUCAUGAUGCUUUCGCAUUAUGACGAAACGGAAGAACCAAUGGUGUGUGAGCUCUCUGAGCUCGCACCUCCCACUUGUCCAGACUUUGAGACCCGGUGCACAAUAGCACUUAAGAAAUCAACAAAGUUCAAAUGGUUCUUUGACCAAUUCGACAAGCAAGUACCGUUCCCAUACAAUCGUCCCCUCUACGUCCCAGUGUUCAUCAAUGGGAUGGAGUUUCAAAGAGGAUUCAUGGAUGGAAGGGCUUCACUAAAUGUAAUGCCCUAUUCUACUUUCCAGGCAACCGGGAUCUCACAUAAACACCUAGUCAGACAACCCAUUUCCAUCACCGGUUUUGGAAAUCAAAAAAUCAAAACCAUAGGGCAUGUCCAACUAGACUUCACAGUUGGACCGAUCCGUUCCACCACUAAGUUCCAUGUCAUAGAGGCUGAGACGACCUACCAGGCUCUUUUAGGGAGAACUUGGCUCUAUAGAUACACUGCAAUCCCCUCCACCUACCAUCAAUGUGUCAAAGCAAUUUACAACAAUGAGGUAGUGGCCAUAACUGGCUCUCAAAAACCUUUUCAAGUGGAUGAAGCUCAUAUGGCAAAUGAAGCAUUUUACAAUCAUGUUGAUGAAGAUGAACCCCCCUUGCCACUCCAAGGAACUCCCAUACCAAAUUGGGAUGACCUCUCGGAAGAAGAUGCAUCACCAUAUCGUAGAAAGAUGUUUGCCAGAUCAAAACCCUCAAGAAAGCUCCCUAAAGUGACGAGGCUCCAAACUGAAGAUGGCAGAGUGGUAUACCAUUUAUGA